GAGACUAGAGUGCUGCGAAGCUUUUCGAAUCUUCGGAUCGGCCUUGCGCUAUUUUCUCAUGUUGACAGCCUUCUGAAUCCAUUUCACCUCCGGGAGUGGAAAGAUGUCAUUCUUUCUCAAGUCUGCUCGGAAGCCCAGAGGGGUGCAGAAGAAGCGGGGCCUCAAAGCCCAGACGAAGCCACUACCUAAAGCUAAAAGAACUCGUAUGGACGACGUCGAGAUAACUUCGGACGAGGACGACGACGAUGAAGUGACUCGAAAAUACUCUGAAGAGAGCGGUGUGGAAUCCGACGCCGAAGAAACCGCCGAACAGAAGAAACUCCGAAUCGCCAAAGAGUACUUGGAAGAGAUACGGAAGAAUGAAUUGGACGAGGAAGAGGACGAAGAGCAGAAGCGGAGCCUCAUAGCACAUCGGUUAAAGAAGGACGUCUUGGAGAAGAGUGGUCGUCUGUUCAAACCAAUCGCUGCCAAGUUCCUGAGUGUCGAGCAGAGUGGGAUCAUCCAUCUGAAGAAUCAACAUCGUCUCCCCAUCACGCGAAUCGUCCUGAGCACAGAUGAGAGAACUGUCUUCUCCGCAUCGAAAGACGGAACUCUCGUCAAAUGGUCUAUCGAGGUGGCUGAUAAGAAGGGACAGCGUUCUGUUCGUGUGAAGGCAGCCCACGCCGCCGCUAUUCUCGCGCUGGCGUUGAGUUCGGACUCGAAGUUCCUUGCGACCGGUUGCGAGAAGAAUGUACUGACGAUCUGGAAUCCCGAAAACCUGGAGAGGAUCCACACCUUUGCUAUGAAUCAGCAUCGAGGGAAAUUGACUGGCCUCGCCUUCCGGCUCAACACACAUCAACUAUUCAGCUGCUCGGCUGAUCGCUCGGUGAAAGUUUGGAGUCUAGACGAGAUGGCGUACGUUGAAACUUUAUUCGGUCAUGAAGACAGAGUCACAGGAAUCGACAGUUUUCUCAGAGAUCGCGCUUUGAGUUCCGGAGGACGUGACGGAACUUUGAGACUGUGGAAAAUACCGGAAGAAUCUCAGCUUGUCUACCAGGGCAAUGGGACUUCCGUCGAUUGCUGCGCCAUGCUCAACGACGAGACUUUCGUUUCGGGACAUGAUGAUGGACGGGUCUAUCUCUGGAGGGCCAUGAAGAAAAAGCCCGUAUUCAGCAUAGUCAUCGCCAAACAGUGGGUUACGGCAAUCUGCGCCAUGCGUAAUAGCGAUUUAGUGGCUGCCGGCUCAAGCUCGGGUGAAAUCGUACUCCUCAAGACCUUGAACUGUCGACGUGACGCGGAAGGACGGCCGAGCCUCGAGGAGAUCGCGAGGAUCCCCAGCAUAGGUUUUAUCAACUCGUUGACGUUCUCCUCGUCGUCGAAGCUGUUGGUGGCCGCGUGUUCUCAAGAACACGCCCUCGGACGUUGGGAACGGAUCAAAGAGGCGAAGAACUCAGUAUGUGUGUUCCCGCUCGUCUAUUCACCUUAGGCUAGGUGAAUCGUCGUGUCAACAGCUGUUGUAAAUAAACGAACUUUCGGA